GAGACGCGCUUCGUGAUGGCCGUGUUCAUUAAAGGAACAAAUACGCGCGAAAUAUUACGAUAACCUUAUAUUAAUUGUGUCUUGUAUUUUUGAAAUUGUCUUAAAAUGAAGUGCUUAUACGUUUUAUUACUUACUCUAGCUCUAGAAGUUGCCUCCGAGGCAUCUGUUCGGACAUGUGAACCAAUAAAAGUGGCGAUGUGUAAAAACAUUGGAUAUAAUCAAACCGGAAUGCCAAACUUGGCUAGGCACACACUCCAGGCUGACGCCGAUGUGACUCUUCAGACUUUCAGUCCUCUGGUUCAGUACGGUUGUUCAUCGCAGUUGCAUUUGUUUUUGUGCGCCGUGUACGUGCCGAUGUGUACAGAUAAAGUUGCGCUGCCUAUAGGACCGUGUCGGGGCCUGUGUGAGAGUGUAUACUCUAGGUGUUAUCCCGUGCUGCGAGGGUUCGGUUUCCCUUGGCCGGCGGAGCUCGAUUGUUCCCUUUUCCCGGCAGAAAACAAUCACGAGCACAUGUGUAUGGAAGGGCCGGGCGAACGGACAUCGGUGAUCGGGAGUAUACCCUUCGACACGAGUAGCAACAGCAGAAGCGCGUGCCGGAAGCUCAUUAAGCCGAGUAGUUGGAUUUGGGUGAGGAGCUCGGGCCGUUGCGCGCAGUUUUGUGACGCCGAAGUGCUGUGGGAAGGAGGCGAGAGGAAAGCGGCUGAGGUUUGGCUGGCGACGUGGGCUGCUCUGAGUUUCGCGUGUACGUUGGCAGCCGUGGCGGCGCAGCUGGCGUGUGGAGACCGCGGAGGAGCAGGCGAGCGGGCGCUGGUGCUGGUGGCGCUAUGCAGGUGUGCAGCGGCCGCGGGGUGGGGCGUGCGGGCGGCAGCAGGUCGCACGGCCGCCGGCUGCGCCAAGGACUCCACCUCGCCCACUCGCAUGCUGCUGGCUCACGACGGGCUCGCAAACCCAAACUGCGCCGUCGUCUUCUUACUUCUGUACUACUUCGGGCUCGCUGCGUCUGUCUGGUGGGUUGUGGUGGCAGGCGCCUGGCGAGCGAGCGUGCUCCGACCCUCGACUGCGGCCGGGCCGGUGUCCCGCAACGACAGACACUCCUCGCUGCUGCAGUUAGCGGCUUGGGGGGUGCCGGCCGCUCUGGCUGCUGCUGUUCUGGUUACCAGGGAUGUUGACGCCGAUGAAUUGACUGGAACUUGUUUUGUGGGAAACCAGUCGAGUAAGUCUCUUCUCGCGUUGGUCAUCAUACCUGAAGCUAUUUGUUUACUGCUGGGCUCCGUCUUCUUGGCUUCUGGUCUCCGCACUGUUCUUCAACGACCAACACCAAUCCCAGCACCGGUUGCACUUCUAAACUCCCCGCCACAAUCGCACACGGAUCAGAGUAUUUUACGACUGGGUGCCUUUACAGCACUAUACGCCGUACCAUCUGCGUGCAUUCUUGCAACGUGGAUUUACGAAUUCGCGUGGCGAGAUGAGUGGCUUUCAGCUCCCGUGCCGUCUCUGGAACCUUCUACACAACCAAGGCCAGCGUUUUGGGUGUUCCUGUUUAGAAUCUUCGCGACGCAAGUAUUGGGUGUUAUGGUGGCUGUUUGGAUUGCGACGCCGCGUCUCAAAGCUUUGUGGAGAAGAAUCAGUGGACCAACAAAGCCACCGCUUGUGAAGCCAGUGGGAUCGCCACCCGCGCCAUUGACACUGCACUGCUACGCUCAACAUCCUCACACCCUGACACGUCAUCAACACAAAUAUGCCACGUAUAGACCUCCGCAGCAACAGUCCUACAGAAAACCAAGACACUACCAUUAUUCCGCCGGCGAAACUAUUCUAUGACAUCUCACUAUAUUACUCGUCGAAAAAAAUUCAAAGUGCCAUUACGUGAGUUUUCAAUAACGUGAAUGUCCAUAACGUCUUGCCACUUACCCUAAAAGACUGAAGUAUGAUUGUAUAUAUUUAUGGGAUACAAAUUAUGUACAUCAUAUUUAUAUUUUAUAGUAUUGUAUUAAUUAAUUUUACCUCGCAUAUUUAAGUGCCUUAAUAGAUUAUGGUAAAGUUAUCCCGUUAUAAUGAUUGAAUAUUUACUGAUAUUAUAAAGGUACAGACACUUUGACAUAGACGCGCUUAUCUCAGGAAUUUGCCAGAUUCACAAGAAAUGCUGUCUUAACUCUUAUGUAUACUGAAAUAAAGAUAAAUGCAAAGCAAUGCGCUAUAUAGCUGUCCUCCGGAUUUUCCCUUUUUCCGGUUGCGCUGACUAUAAAUGGGAAUAUAAUAAUUAUAAUUGUUCAUACAAAACAAAUUAAAAGUUCCUCAAAUUCUAAAAGCCUUAUAGUAGUCCUCUAUCUAAAAGAGAUAUUAAUUUGUUGUAUAAACAAGCCGAAAUAAAACAUUUUAUGUCGAAAAUAAUUUAAAAUUUACCUACAUUCUAUAGUAUUAUUAAUAAUUGCCACAAGUAACAAAAAUGUGUUCAAAAUUAUCUGUUCUAUAAAAUAUAAUAUUUCAGUGACUUAUUUUUAAUUAUACUAGAGUAAAACCCACGGACGAGUAAAAAAAGGACUCCGCGCCGUUAUAUUAACAAGUGAAGCACCUUUAUGCUAGUGUGCGGUUACGGGGGCUACCAGUUACACUAUUUUUUUCCCUUAAACAAUAAUAUAUCGCCACAAAUACUUUUAUAGUACUGUUUUUACACUUUUUCACAACGCACAAGGGCAUUUUUAAAAUAUUUUAUUGCGACGCAAACUGAUCUGUCACAGACGAUGGCAAAUCUCAUAAUGGCGGCCGUUUGGCUUGUAUUAGUGUAAGUGUGUGCGUAGGGCUAUAGGGCUUUGUAACCUUUAUGCUAGUGUGUGUGCGGUUACGGGGGGUACCAGUUAAACAAUUUUUUUCCCUUAAACAAUCAUAUAUGGCCACAAAUACUUUUAUAGUAUUGUUUUUACACUUUUCCACAACGCACGACGGCAUUUAUAAAAUAUUUUAUUGCGACGCAAACUGAUCUGUCACAGACGAUGGCAAAUUUCAUAAUGGCGGCCGAUCGGCUUGUAUUGGUGUGUGUGCGUGGGGCUAUGUAUUUACACGUUUACCGGCUUGUUUUGGUGCUUCACUGUUAUGUAAGGUGACACGGAGUCCUUCUUUUUUUACUCGUCCGUGGUAAAACCGAGGGAGAUGACACAAAAUACAAAAUGGCGAACCUCACCUACCUUAUUUAUAAACUACCUAGUACUUAACUAGUGAUUAAAAUUAAUGUAAAUAUAAUUAAAAACAAAAUGUAUCGGUCAUAUUGCAACUUCUGUGUAAAUAUAGCAUACUUACGUUACUUUAAGUAAGAAUAUUUUUAUGUUAUUUAAGUCAGUAUUGUACGUUUUGAUUAUUAUUUUUAGUACAAGUUUUGUACAUAAUAUUAUAAGUUGCUUCUUACUGGUUGUAUUUUGGUAUGUAAAUAAAUAAAAUCUGAAUUGAGUAUAA